GUUUGGAGGUCCAUGCAAGAGGCCUAUGUCCAGCAGUGGACGUCUAUCGGUUGAUAAGGUAGACUAGGUAUAUAUGCAUAUAAAAUUGCCGAUAACUGAUCUCUCCCAAAGUUAUACUCUUCAAUAUAAACUAUAGUAGAUAAACUUUCGAGAAGAUGUCAAAUAAAUGCACAGACGGAGGGAAAUCUCCUAUCAUUUGACAUUAAACGACGCGCGGCCACGGACCUUUCACUUGUUUUUUUUAAUCUUUAAUUAAAAAGAGUUACUGGCAAUUUGUUCGGUGCAUCUGUGGAAAGAGGUUUUAGUUUACUUGUUUUGAUAUUUUUUUUUAGUUUUGUGUGUGUUUUGUUUUUGCAAGUAAUCGAGAACUUUUAUAUAAAAAAAUGGAGAUAGAGAGCGCCAAUUGCAAAUAUCGAGUUUCGGAGUGCGCCGACAUUGACCAACUAUCGGUGGACUAUCCAGUUAAAUGUGAUCAAGAAAUUGACGGUCUCGAGACGCUUGUCCAAGAACUACACAGGGUGUUCUCAAAAAGCCACGUCAACAUACAGGAGGUGCAGAAACUGAUGUCGGCUUACAAAUCGGACCCGAAACAGUGGCGGAAAUUCGCAAAGUUUGAUCGUUUCCGAUACACUCGCAACCUGGUGGACGCGGGAAACGGCGCGUUCAACAUCAUGAUUCUGUGCUGGGGGGCGGGUCACGCCUCUGCCAUACACGACCACGCCGACUCGCACUGCUUCAUGAAGCUACUCAGCGGCAGCUUGGACGAAGUCAGAUACGAAUGGCCCAACAACAUCCAGCCCGAAGUUAUAAAAAAACUGAAAACCAAAUCAAACAGGCACGCGUCAACGGAAGAUGAAAUUACCGAAAACUUUACCAACUUGGACAUAAGCGGUGAAAAUGACAGGUGUCAAAACGGCUGUCAAAACCAACAGUGUAGUUGUCAAAAUGGAGAUCAGGAAGAUUGUGGUUACGACGCUCAGAGUAUGAAAGAAAUUGGAAGAACGAGAUUAGAAGUUAACGAUGUUUGCUACAUUAAUGACGCGCAAGGUCUGCAUAGGAUGGAGAACCCUUCUCACGUGGACGGCGCAGUCUCCCUCCAUCUCUACUGCCCUCCUUUUGACAGCUGCAGGGUGUUCGACUCGAGGACCGGCAAGUCUAACGAAGUUAAGGUCACAUUCUGGUCCAUGUAUGGGAAAAAGAUAAAAAGAGUAAUAGAAGCAGAUCCUGCGGACAGUCAAGAAUAGUUCAAAAUGGAGCUUUAGUAGAGGUGCUAUUAUUGUAGUCAAAUAUUUUUGAUACAUUCCAUUUCAUGGACCUGUCAACAUUGAAAUCUUACCAAAUAUCAAAAUAUUUUUAUAACAAACGAGCGUGGUUGAUGGAACACUUGAUGUUAAGUGAUUAUCACUUUAAUGAUAGCUUGCAGAAAUCGAUUUGCCAGCUUUGAGAGAUUUGAUUUCCCUCCCUUAAAUAUCCAUAGAUGUAAUUUUGUUAAUGUUUAAUCAGUUCCAAAAUUUGCAAGUUUGUGGAAGAAAUGAUCUAGUAAAUCGGAUGACUGUUGAAUUCCAGUCAUCCAGAAUUGAUCUCUACGAGUCAAGGUAUAAAAUAAAUGUCAAAUAUAUCCCAUAAUUAAUACAUAUAUUGGAUAUAUUGGAAGACUAAUUAGUGUUCCGGUACGUGGAUGAUCCGGUAGUGUUCAGGUUUGGGGAUGUGGAUUUUCAUCCUCCUCUAAAGUUACUCCGCUUCCAUCUAAGAUUGCAUCAUCACUUAUAAAGAAUAAGUACAUUCCAUUUUUGAGUAGAUGGAACUUUCACAGCUUCAAGGGUCUGACCUUGAUACCUUUACGCGUUUCGAGUUAAAAAAAUCUCGACAGACAGACGAAAGGCAGACUAAUGGACAAUUAAGUGAUCUUAAGAGUUAAUUUUUUUCAAUUUGAGGUAAGGUACUGAAAAGAAGUCAUAUUAUUAUGGUUAACCCCCUGUGUGGUAUCGAAGUAGUAUUUUUAGAGUCGAAGGUUGAAAUAUAUUUAGCUUUAGUGAAUACUCACUGUGUCUUUAGGCAUAUUAUGAUAAUCCAUAUUCUGUACACAGUUUCUGUAUAAGAGAUAUACAUUUUUCUUAUCAUUUUUAUGUUAUAUUAUAAAACAUUCUUUUCUUUUUUACGAUUACUUAUUUUUAUUGUAUACUCUAUUUAUAGGUACAUAAUCAAUUUAUUAUACAAAAUCUAUUUGUAUUUAGCAAAAUGAGAUAAGUCAAAAUUAAACAUUAUUUGUAUUAUAAAAAA